AUGACAACACCCGAUUACUCUGCACUUGACAGCGCGGCGAAAGCCAACCUGGAUGUGAUCUUCUCCGCAGUACACGGUAGCGUCAUCAGGAAGCCCAACAUCAAUGGUAUCUACUUUCAGCCGUCGCAGGCUGUCAUCACUUGCGCCCCUCACGACCUGCAGCUUGAGUGGCUGUUCAAGAACUACAACUCGUUGGCUCUCACCAGCUUCGAUGUGACCUCUACACAAGAUCCCCACCUCAUCCGCGGACUAUGGUUCUACGCUCUCGAUCCCGAGCACUCAUUCGCGCAGUACUACAAGAUGACGCGCUACAACCUCGUCGGAAUGGCGUAUGUUUGGUCACUCGACUUUCCCGCUGAUCUAUGCGGACCCGGUGACGAAGUGCGCGAGUUCGUCCACGGGUUCAUCGACGCCUGGUUCGGCUCCCUGCGAGAUACGAGCGACGAUUGCGCAAGUCAAGAGAAGUUUAUCCAUAUGUGGAUGAACAGCGGACUUGAUUUGUUCAUCGUCCGCGACAAGCACACUAUCCAAGGCCUUGACAACGCUAUCAGCAAGUUGACGAGGCAGUCUCUGCCGCCGUCUUUGAGGAAGGUUGUGGAAUUUGAGGCCAAGGAAAUCCCGUUCAUGCGAGAGGAGGGGAAGAUCUCUCAAGAUGAAUACGACAAGUAUGGCCCUUCUCUCAUCCUCCACUACGUUCUCGCAGUGUCGAAGCUCGGACAAAACAUCUUCGUCAAGCGAAACAAGAUCAAGGAUAUACGCGAAGCUAGAAUGAUGGAAGAACUAGCAAAGCGUCAACAUAACGGACUUGCUGCGGUCGAUUGGGACUCCGAGCCGGUUCGCUCACUCGUUCAAGCUGUCGAUCCGUCACUGCCGGCACCAAAGGCUAUCCAGAACCGGCCUCGCUCGGACCUCACGCGUGUUCCUUGGAUGGAUGUUGAUGACUUCUUCAGGCUCUUGAGAUCUGGUUUCGAGAAAUUGAGGGAAGACGAGGAGAACUUGGCGUCCGCUCUGGGAGGAACGACUUUGGCUUGA